UAUAAAAACUCCCGCACAAAUCUUCGGCUUAGGUAACCGGAUAACCUGCGAUACGGGACUUCUAGAGACCUACCUCUAGGCCAUAAAAUAUAUCAGAAUCUAUGAGGUUGAUAUUUCGUCAGGGUUAGAAGCCAUCCAGACGGGGUCAAAGAGCAAGAUGCUGUCCCCCCUGUUCCUCAACACCAACAACGUGCUCUCCGACGACACUCCCUUCCACGGCCCUCUGGACUCCACACAUGUCGAGAUCACCCCGGAGAUGAUUUACGAGACCCUCAGGAAACUAGCCAUGUGGAAACAUGUUGUGACGUCAGAAGCCAUCUUGGAGGGGAUUAAGAACACCUACCCUGUAAACCAGAUCAGAGAGGAGUUAGCUUUGGAGUUGCAAGAGAAGUUGAGAGUAGCAACUGUAUGUGGUAGGUAGUAGUCAAACUUAAAAAUAU